AUGUUACCUCCAAACGAGACUUCCGUCGACGACGUUGAGCGCGGAAAGACACUGUCAAUGUCUUCGUCAACCAACAGAUUCUCUAGUACCUUUACAUCUCCCGAGGCACCAAAUACAACGUAUUUCGCCAGCAUACUCAAGAAAGAGCGACAGGGCACUCUGCCGGUUUAUGAGCAUGAGGAAAAACGCGCGAGCUUAAUAUCGAACAAGCCGCACUUUGAUGUAUUCAAGUACAGGCAAGACUUGGCAGCGAGCGCCGCGAAAAGGAGGAGAAAGUUCAACUUGAUUGCUGCGGUGGUUGUUGCGUUUGCGUUGUUAGCCUGCGCUGUCACUUUCGGCAAAAUCGUUCUGUACACACUUUACAAGCGUAUCGAAGCUCUCGGUUGGGCUGCUUGGGCAUACCUCAGCCUAGACACGUCAAAUUAUUAUGUAUGA